ACUCAAACAACCCAAAAAGAAAAGAACAAAAGGACAAACAACAAUCAGAUUCAUACUUUAAAACAUUUCCUUAAAAAAAGACCAAAAUAACUAUAAAGCAAAAGCACUCAAAUUCUUCGGUUCGACUCAAUACAAAAAUUCUCAGUGCACAUUCUUUUCUUCCAACCUCAGCAAAAAAAUAUUCAAAAAAAAUCUCACUUUGCUUUUCUUCUUUGCCCCAAUUCUUGCCCAAAGUAUCUUCCUUUCUCUUUUCCUUACUUUUUCUCCGAGAAAUAUAAAAGCUCUGAUCUCCAAUCUCUGAAAAGAUGUUUUCUGCUACAAUUUUGUAUCCAAGGAAGAACGAAUUUCAGUCCAAGAAGAAAAAGAAGAAGAAGAAGUGGUUGAUUUGUGGUGGUUUUGAGAGGAGUGUUCGCUGAGAAUGGCGAGCUCCAGCGGGACGAAGAACGAUGUCGCCCCGCCUAGGACGCUGUCGAGAGGGAUGACUAGGAUGCCUACGCGGUAUGUGGAAUUGGGGAAUGAGGACAAUGCUGCUGUUGAUAGUGAGCUUGUUCCUUCUUCACUUGCUUCUAUUGCUCCUAUUCUUAGGGUCGCCAAUGAAAUCCAGAAUGAAAAUCCUAGGGUCGCUUAUCUGUGCCGUUUCCAUGCAUUUGAGAAGGCCCAUAUGAUGGACCCAACAUCUAGUGGACGUGGUGUUCGACAAUUUAAGACAUAUCUCCUGCACAGGCUUGAGAAGGAAGAGGAAGAAGCAGUUCAUAUACUUGCUAGAAGUGAUCCAAAGGAGAUUCUGUUGUAUUACCAACAAUUCUAUGAAAGGAAUAUUAAAGAAGGAGAAUAUACUAAAAAACCGGAGGAGAUGGCCAAGAUUUGUCAGAUUGCUACAGUACUCUAUGAGGUGCUGAAGACAGUGGUACCUCCACAUCAGAUAGAUGCCCAGACAAAAAAAAUUUCCGAGGAUGUUGAUAGCAAGCGGGAUCAGUAUGCACAUUAUAACAUUCUCCCAUUGUAUGCUGUUGGGGUUAAACCAGCCAUUAUGGAACUUCCAGAGAUCAAAGCAGCUCUUCGGGCUCUAAGUAAUGUGGGGAGUCUUCCAAAGCCUAGAAUUCAACGUACACCUACUGGACCUGAUGACAAUGUUCCUACAGAGAGGGUUCAGCCUGUUAAUGAUAUACUUGACUGGCUUUCUGCUAUAUUUGGGUUUCAGGCAAGAAAUGUUGCAAAUCAAAGAGAACACCUCAUAUUGCUUCUUGCAAAUAUUGAUGUGAGGAGGAGGAGUUCUGAACGUCACACCGAAUUGGCAGCUGCCACUGUACAGAAUUUGCUGGACAAAUUCUUUAAAAAUUACCGUUCGUGGUGUAAAUAUUUGCAUUGUAAAUCAAAUCUUAGGUUUCCACAAGUUACUGACAAACAACAACUGGAGCUUAUUUACAUUGCACUUUAUCUUCUGAUAUGGGGUGAAGCUUCAAAUAUUCGAUUCAUGCCCGAAUGCUUAUGCUAUAUUUUUCAUAAUAUGGCCAAUGAGGUGUAUGGGAUCCUCUAUAGCAAUGCAAGUGAUGUUAUCGGAGACACUUAUCAAAAUGAGGCAUGUCAUGAAGAGCACUUCUUAACACAUGUUAUAACCCCUAUCUUUGAUGUGUUGCAAAAGGAAGCAAAGAGAAAUAACAAUGGCAAGGCAAGUCAUUCAAAUUGGAGAAACUAUGAUGAUCUGAAUGAGUACUUUUGGUCCAAGAAAUGUUUUAGCUUAGGAUGGCCAAUGAAUCUUGAAUCAGAUUUUUUCAGGCAUUCAGAUGGCCAACCUUCUAAUAAGAGAGUAAAUCAAGCUGUUUCUGGGGCAAAAAAACCUAAAACGAAUUUUGUUGAAGUCCGAACAUUCUUGCAUCUGUACAGAAAUUUCGAUCGGAUGUGGGUUUUCUUUAUACUGGCUUUUCAGGCUAUGCUCAUCGUUGCAUGGAGCCCUUCUGGAUCUAUAGUAGCUUUCUUCGAUGCAGAUGUAUUCAGAAGUGUCUUAAGCAUUUUCAUCACUUCUGCUUUUCUCAAUUUUCUUCAAGCUACUCUGGAUAUAGUUCUUAGCUUCAAUGCAUGGAGAAGCUUAAAAAUAACACAGGUGGUGCGAUACCUCUUGAAAUUUGUGGUAGCAGCUUUCUGGGUUGUGGUUCUGCCAAUUUGUUACUCUAGUUCUGUGCAGAGCCCAACAGGACUUGUGAAAUUUUUCAGGAGUUGGGCUGGGGAUUGGAGUAACCACUCAUUGUAUGAUUAUGCAAUUGCAAUCUAUUUGUUACCCAAUAUAUUGGCUGCUGUACUCUUUGUCCUUCCACCCUUACGAAGAACCAUGGAGCGUUCUAACAUGCAUAUCACUACUCUUCUUAUGUGGUGGGCUCAGCCAAAGUUGUAUGUCGGAAGAGGCAUGCAUGAGGACAUGUUCUCAUUGCUGAAGUAUACAUUGUUUUGGAUCAUGCUACUGAUCAGCAAGCUAGCCUUCAGCUACUAUGUUGAGAUAGCACCUCUAGUUGAACCAACAAAAUUGAUCAUGGAGAUGCCUAUUGAUAAUUAUCAAUGGCAUGAGUUCUUUCCACAUGUACCGCAUAAUAUUUUCAUCAUCAUUGCCAUAUGGACACCGAUUAUUCUGGUUUACUUCAUGGAUGCUCAAAUAUGGUAUGCUAUAUUUUCCACUUUAUUUGGCGGGAUACAUGGAGCUUUCAGCCAUCUGGGUGAGAUAAGAACGCUGGGUAUGCUGCGGUCCAGAUUUGAAUCUGUGCCUCUAGCUUUCAGCCGUCGUCUCAUGCCAUCAACAGAUACAGACCACUCCAAACAGAAAAAUUUGGAUCCAUCACAAGUGCGGAAGAAUAUUGCCAAUUUCUCUCAAGUGUGGAACGAGUUCAUAUAUUCUAUGCGAGAAGAAGACCUUAUUAGCAAUAGGGAUCGAGAUUUGCUUUUGGUUCCUUAUUGUUCAAAUGAAGUCUCUGUUGUCCAGUGGCCCCCUUUCUUGCUCGCUAGUAAGAUUCCUAUAGCAUUAGAUAUGGCAAAAGACUUCAAGGGAAAGGAUGAUAAUGAAUUAUUUAAGAAGAUUAAGAGUGACGAUUAUAUGUACUCUGCAGUAAUUGAAUGCUAUGAGUCACUUAGGGAUGUAAUAUAUGGCCUACUGGAAGACAAAGCUGAUAAGAUGAUUGUAGAGAGUAUAUGUAAGGAAGUAGACGAAUGUCUAGACAGAAAAGUUUUCUUGAGUAAUUUCCGGAUGAGUGGGAUGCCUUCUCUCAGUGAGAGAUUGGAAAAAUUCUUGGGCAAAUUGCUAUCUGAUGAGGACGAUGAGACUCUUCUACCUCAGUUAAUCAAUGUGCUUCAGGAUAUUAUGGAAAUUAUCACACAGGAUGUUAUGUGUAAUGGGCACCAAAUCUUGGAAACAGCUCACCAUCACAGUGGUCAUAAUGUCAAGAAGGAGCAGAGGUUUGAAAAGAUUAACUUAAACCGAAGAUACAAUAGCUCUUGGAAGGAGAAGGUUGUCAGACUUAAUUUGCUUCUAACAGUCAAGGAAUCUGCCAUAAAUGUGCCUCAAAACUUGGAUGCUCGUCGACGUAUUACCUUCUUCGCAAACUCUCUCUUUAUGAAUAUGCCAAGGGCUCCUGAAGUUCGUGACAUGUUAUCCUUUAGUGUUCUUACUCCGUACUACAAAGAAGAUGUCCUUUAUACCGAUGAUGAUCUUAACAAGGAAAAUGAGGAUGGGAUAUCAAUUUUGUUUUACCUGCAGAAAAUAUAUCCUGAUGAAUGGCAAAAUUUCACGGCUCGGAUCAAAAAUAUUGAGAAGGAUAAGUCAGACUUAAUUCGUCAAUGGGUGUCUUACAGAGGGCAAACACUUUAUAGAACAGUGAGAGGGAUGAUGUAUUAUAGGAAGGCUUUGGAGCUUCAGUGCUUCCUCGAAUUGGCAGGAGAUAAUGCUAUUUUCAGUGGCUACCGAACCUUGGAGUUAAGUGAAAAAGACCAAAAGACAUUUUCUGACCGUGCACAAGCUUUGGCCGAUUUGAAGUUUACCUAUGUUGUGUCUUGCCAACUUUACGGUGUUCAAAAGAAAUCCAAUGAUCCUAGGGAUCAAAGUUGUUACACUAGUAUCCUGAAACUAAUGCUAACACAUCAAUCGUUACGUGUUGCUUACAUUGAUACAAGAGAGGACACAGUGAAUGGAAGGCCUCAAAAGGUUUUUUACUCUGUUUUGCUCAAGGGAGGUGACAAGUUAGAUGAGGAAAUAUACCGAAUCAAGCUUCCAGGACCUCCAACAGUCAUUGGCGAAGGGAAGCCUGAAAAUCAGAAUCAUGCUAUUAUAUUUACUCGUGGAGAAGCCUUGCAGACAAUAGACAUGAAUCAGGAUAACUACUAUGAAGAAGCUUUCAAAAUGAGAAACGUAUUGGCAGAAUUUAUUAAGCCGCGUCUUGGGGACCGAAAACCCACAAUAUUGGGUCUGAGAGAGCAUAUAUUCACUGGAAGUGUUUCUUCACUUGCAUGGUUCAUGUCUAAUCAGGAGACUAGUUUUGUAACUAUUGGUCAACGAAUUUUGGCAAAUCCUCUUAGGGUUCGCUUUCAUUAUGGCCACCCUGAUAUUUUUGAUAGAAUCUUCCAUCUAACAAGAGGUGGGAUAAGCAAAGCUUCAAAAACAAUAAAUUUGAGUGAAGAUAUAUUUGCAGGCUACAAUUCAACUUUGCGUGGAGGAUUUAUUACACAUCAUGAGUAUAUCCAAGUGGGAAAAGGGCGUGAUGUGGGUAUGAAUCAGAUUUCAAACUUUGAGGCUAAGGUUGCUAAUGGAAAUGGAGAACAAACAUUAAGUCGUGAUGUUUAUCGGCUUGGACGUCGAUUUGACUUCUACAGAAUGCUCUCAUUUUACUUCACAACUGUUGGUUUCUACUUUAGUAGUAUGGUGACAGUGCUAACCGUAUAUGUGUUCUUGUAUGGACGCCUUUACAUGGUUAUGAGUGGAGUGGAAAGGGAGAUCUUGGAAAAUCCAACCAUACAUCAAACCAAGGCUCUUGAAGAAGCUUUGGCUACGCAGUCUGUCUUCCAAUUGGGGUUGUUGCUAGUAUUGCCAAUGGUCAUGGAAAUUGGUCUAGAGAAAGGAUUUCGGACUGCAUUGGGAGAUUUCAUCAUCAUGCAGCUGCAGCUAGCCUCUGUGUUCUUCACAUUCCAACUGGGAACAAAAGCGCAUUAUUUUGGAAGAACAAUCUUGCACGGAGGUUCUAAAUACAGAGCUACUGGUCGCGGGUUUGUUGUUUUUCAUGCAAAGUUUGCUGAUAAUUACCGCCUUUACUCACGUAGUCACUUUGUCAAAGGGUUGGAACUUUUUAUCUUAUUAAUUGUGUAUGAAGUCUAUGGAGAAUCUUACCGUAGCUCAAAUCUCUAUUUGUUCAUCACUUUCUCCAUGUGGUUUCUUGUUGCUUCCUGGUUGUUUGCUCCUUUUGUGUUCAAUCCUUCUGGUUUCGACUGGCAAAAAACUGUGGAUGAUUGGACGGAUUGGAAGAGAUGGAUGGGAAAUCGUGGUGGUAUUGGGAUCUCACCUGACAAAAGUUGGGAGUCAUGGUGGGAUGAAGAGCAAGAACACCUUAAACACACAGAUUUUCGUGGAAGAGUGCUUGAAAUUUUACUUGCAUUCCGCUUCUUUAUCUACCAAUAUGGAAUCGUCUAUCACCUUGAUAUAUCUCAUCACAGCAAGAGUUUGCUGGUUUAUGGACUCUCUUGGCUAGUCAUGGUAACUUGUCUUCUUGUUUUAAAGAUGGUAUCCAUGGGCAGAAGAAGAUUUGGGACCGAUUUCCAGCUCAUGUUUCGAAUUCUCAAGGCGCUAUUGUUUCUUGGUUUUAUGUCAGUCAUGACCGUCUUAUUUGUAGUAUGUGGUCUCACUAUAUCAGAUUUAUUUGCUGCUAUCCUUGCCUUCUUGCCAACAGGAUGGGCCAUUGUUCUUAUUGGUCAAGCUUGCAGAGGAUUGUUGAAGAGGAUAGGACUCUGGGAUUCAAUAAAGGAAUUAGCAAGAGCUUAUGAAUACAUAAUGGGACUCAUAAUCUUCAUGCCUACAGCAAUUUUGUCAUGGUUCCCAUUUGUAUCAGAGUUCCAAACUCGUUUGCUCUUCAACCAAGCUUUCAGUAGAGGCCUCCAAAUUUCUAUGAUCCUUGCUGGAAGAAAAGAUAAAACAGAAACCAAAGAGUUUUCUUCUGUUUAGGUUUUUUUUUUUUUUUGAUAUUCCAUAAAUAAUUAUUGUUUUCUUUUUUGAACCAUACAUAAUUCUUUUGAGAUUUCAUUAUACAGACUUUAGUUUCUGUCCAGAUUAGAAUCAAAUAUAGUGGUUGUAUUUAUUUAUGUGAUCAAAUAUUUAAUUA